AUUCGCCUUCAAACUGUCAAGCAGUGAGGUUGGGUGGACCCAUUGACUGUCGCAUGCUGUGGUUUUUGUGAUUUCAGUCGACGUAGAAAACAGUUUAUCUGCAAAACUAUUGUGUUAAACAUCUUUAGUGCGUGUGGAUCGUGUUUUUCAGCAUUACACGUAGCAAUUUACUCGAGAAAACACAAACAUGGCGGACAGUGAUACGAAGCUAGACCGGUCGGACCCGGAAUUGAAAUACCUGUCUGUUGAUAGAAAUAUGUUCAAUGAUCCAGCAACACAAGCAGAAUGGACGCAAAAAAGAUUAGUAUGGGUUCCUCACGAAACGCACGGUUUUGUUGCUGCUGGCAUAAAAGGGGAGAGAGGCGACGAAGUUGAAGUGGAAAUACAAGACACCGGUAAACGUGUCUUAGUAGCGAAGGAUGACAUUCAGAAGAUGAAUCCUCCCAAAUUCGAUAAGGUUGAGGAUAUGGCAGAAUUAACCUGUCUGAACGAAGCAUCAGUGCUGCACAACCUGAAGGACAGAUACUAUUCCGGCCUCAUUUAUACGUAUUCGGGACUGUUCUGCGUGGUGGUGAACCCGUACAAGAAGCUGCCGAUCUACACGGAGAAGAUAAUGGAACGCUACAAGGGCAUCAAGAGGCACGAGGUGCCGCCACACGUCUUCGCCAUCACCGACACUGCAUACCGCUCCAUGCUGCAGGACCGCGAGGAUCAAUCAAUCCUGUGUACUGGAGAAUCUGGUGCUGGCAAGACUGAAAAUACGAAGAAGGUGAUCCAGUAUCUGGCAUAUGUAGCAGCCUCCAAGCCAAAGAGCUCAGCACCACACACUGUCCCGAGCCCAGCACUCAUCAUUGGAGAGCUAGAACAGCAGUUACUCCAGGCGAAUCCAAUUCUUGAAGCAUUUGGAAAUGCAAAGACUGUAAAGAAUGACAACUCUUCCAGAUUUGGGAAAUUCAUCAGGAUAAAUUUCGAUGCAUCUGGUUACAUUGCUGGAGCUAAUAUUGAAACCUAUUUACUUGAGAAAUCAAGAGCAAUUCGUCAAGCUAAGGAUGAGAGGACAUUCCACAUAUUUUAUCAGCUGUUAAUGGGUGCUUCCCCAGAACAGAGAAAGGAAUUCAUCCUGGAAGAUCCUAAAUUGUAUACAUUUCUCUCAAGUGGGGGACACUUACCAGUACCUGGAGUUGAUGAUGUGGCAGAGUUUCAAGCCACUUGCAAGGCCAUGAGUAUAAUGGGGCUUACACCUGAAGAUUUUUCAGCUAUUUUCCGCAUUGUUUCGGCUACUCUUAUGUUUGGCAAUAUGAGAUUCAAGCAGGAAAGGAACUCCGAUCAGGCAACUCUUCCAGAUAAUACAGUGGCACAGAAAGUGGCUCAUUUGUUGGGUCUCAGUGUUACAGAUAUGACAAAGGCCUUCUUGAAGCCUCGCAUAAAAGUUGGCAGGGACUUUGUGACAAAGGCACAGACCAAGGAACAGGUGGAGUUUGCUGUUGAGGCAAUUGCCAAGGCAUGCUACGAGAGAAUGUUCAGGUGGCUGGUUAACAGAAUAAACCGAUCACUGGACAGAACAAAGAGACAGGGAGCAUCGUUUAUUGGUAUUCUUGAUAUGGCAGGUUUUGAGAUAUUUGAGCUCAACUCUUUUGAGCAGUUGUGUAUAAAUUACACCAAUGAGAAACUUCAGCAGCUAUUCAAUCAUACUAUGUUUAUUCUGGAGCAAGAGGAAUAUCAGCGUGAAGGAAUCGAGUGGAAAUUCAUUGAUUUUGGACUAGAUUUACAGCCUACUAUUGACCUUAUUGACAAGCCAAUGGGUAUAAUGGCGCUUCUAGAUGAAGAAUGUUGGUUUCCCAAAGCUACGGAUAAAUCAUUUGUAGAGAAACUUAUUAGUGCUCACAGUGUACAUCCAAAAUUCAUGAAGACAGACUUCCGUGGUUCAGCUGAUUUUGCUGUGAUACAUUAUGCAGGUCGUGUAGACUAUUCGGCACACAAGUGGCUGAUGAAGAACAUGGAUCCACUUAAUGAAAAUGUAGUAUCUUUGCUCCAAGCUUCCCAGGACUCCUUUGUUGUGCAAAUAUGGAAAGAUGCUGAAAUUGUGGGUAUGGCCCAGCAGGCAUUGACAGACACGCAAUUUGGUGCACGCACACGGAAGGGAAUGUUCAGGACUGUGUCACAGUUGUAUAAGGAGCAACUGGCACGUCUCAUGGUUACUCUGAGGAACACAAACCCAAACUUUGUUCGCUGUAUAAUUCCAAACCAUGAGAAGCGAGCUGGAAAAAUUGAUGCACCUCUAGUUCUGGAUCAGUUGCGUUGUAAUGGUGUCCUAGAGGGCAUUCGAAUUUGUAGACAGGGAUUCCCUAACAGAAUACCAUUCCAGGAAUUCCGGCAAAGAUAUGAGCUGCUGACGCCAAAUGUUAUCCCUAAGGGAUUUAUGGAUGGAAAGAAGGCGUGCGAGAAAAUGAUUCAAGCUCUGGAACUUGACCCAAAUCUCUUCAGGAUAGGACAAUCAAAGAUUUUCUUCCGUGCUGGUGUUUUAGCACAUUUGGAAGAAGAACGGGACUACAAGAUUACAGAUCUCAUUGUCAACUUCCAGGCAUUCUGCAGAGGAUAUCUAGCAAGGAGGAAUUUCCAGAAACGAACUCAGCAGCUGAAUGCAAUCCGCAUCAUCCAGCGGAACUGUGCAGCAUAUUUGAAGUUACGCAACUGGCAGUGGUGGAGACUCUAUACAAAAGUGAAGCCAUUGCUAGAGGUUACAAAGCAAGAGGAGAAGUUGAGCCAGAAAGAAGAUGAACUACGUCAAGUGCGUGAUAAACUGGAUCAACAGUUGCGUACUGCGCAAGAAUAUGAGCGCAAGUUUCAGCAGGCUGUGGAAGAGAAGAUAGCUCUGUCUGAACAGCUGCAAGCAGAGACAGAGCUCUGUGCUGAGGCUGAGGAAAUGCGUGCAAGGCUGUUGGCACGGAAGCAAGAACUGGAGGAACUCUUGCAAGAUAUGGAGGCACGCAUGGAGGAGGAAGAGGAGAGGGUGACCCAGUUAAACAAUGAAAAGAAGAAACUACAGCUCAAUAUACAGGACUUAGAAGAACAACUGGAAGAAGAAGAAGCUGCUAGACAGAAAUUACAGCUUGAGAAAGUUACAUGUGAUGCCAAAAUAAAGAAAUUAGAAGAAGAUCUGGCAUUGUCAGAUGAUACUAAUCAGAAGCUGUUGAAAGAAAAAAAGGUUCUAGAAGAACGAGCAGCAGAUCUAUCUCAAACCUUGGCAGAAGAAGAAGAGAAAGCAAAGCAUCUCAGCAAGCUAAAGGCGAAACAUGAAGCAACCAUUGCCGAACUUGAGGAGCGCCUGCUAAAAGACCACCAACAGCGUCAAGAGAUGGACCGUAGCAAGCGGAAGGUUGAAACCGAAGUCAGUGAUCUUCGCGAGCAGCUCAGUGAGAAGCGGAUACAGCUUGAGGAGAUGCAGCUUCAGCUUGGAAAACGAGAGGAAGAAUUAACACAGGCACUUAUGAAGAUAGAUGAAGAGGCAGCAAGCAAAGCACAAUCUCAGAAGGCAUUGCGCGAGCUGGAAUCACAAUUAGCAGAGCUUCAAGAAGACCUGGAAGCUGAGAAAGCUGCACGCAGCAAGGCAGAAAAACAAAAGAGGGAUCUUAAUGAGGAACUAGAGGCACUCAAGAAUGAGCUGCUCGACUCUCUAGACACAACAGCUGCCCAACAAGAGUUGCGUACCAAGAGAGAACAGGAAUUGGCAACCUUGAAGAAAACUUUGGAGGAGGAAGCCUCUCUCCAUGAAGUCACAGUGCAAGAAAUGAGACACAAAUAUAGCCAAGAGAUAGCAGCUAUCAAUGAACAGAUGGAAUCUGUCAAGAAGACAAAGGCGAGCCUAGAAAAAGCAAAACAACAGCUAGAGGCUGAGAACGCAGACCUUACCCAAGAACUGCGAACUGCCGGGGCCAGCAGGCAAGAAUGCGAACGCCGAAGGAAGCAGGCAGAAGCCGCCUUGGCAGAGUUGCAGGCAAAAGCGGCAGAGGCUGAGAGAACCCGGGCAGAACUCGCCGAGAGGGCGACACGCCUGGCACAAGAGGCCGAGGCUGCGCAGCAGCAGUUGGAGCAAGCUGAACUCCGUGCCUCUGCAGCAGCCAAGAGUGCUGCCACUGUAGAGUCACAGCUCGCUGAUGUUCAGGGCCAACUGGAAGAAGAGACACGACAGAAGCUGGCUAUCAGCUCGAGGCUGCGACAGCUGGAGAGCGAGCGGGAGGCUCUGCAGGAGCAGGUGGAGGAGGAGGAGGAGGCGCGGAGGGCGCUCGACAAGCAGCUGACGGCCGCUGCCAGCCAACUGCAGGAAGCCAAGAAGAGGCAGGAGGAAGACUUUGAGCAGAUACAGCAACUUGAGGAAGCAAAAAAGAAGAUGGCAAAGGAUAUUGAAGCAUUACAGAGACAAGUAGAGGAGCUUCAAGCAGCAAAUGAUAAAUUGGACAAAUCAAAGAAGAAAUUACAGGCUGAACUUGAAGAUGCCAACAUUGAUCUUGAAGCUCAACGUGCAAAGGUGCUGGAACUGGAGAAGAAACAGCGUAAUUUUGACAAGGUGCUAGCAGAGGAAAAGGCUGUAUCGGAGCAGAUAGCUCAAGAACGUGAUGCUGCAGAGCGUGAAGCACGAGAAAAGGAAACCAAAGUGUUGUCACUGACACGGGAGCUUGACGACAUGAGUGAAAAAGUUGAGGAGUUGGAACGUGGCAGAAGGCAACUGCAAGCUGAACUCGAUGAACUUGUGAACAGCCAAGGGACUGCUGAUAAAAAUGUACAUGAGCUUGAGAAAGCGAAAAGAGCAUUGGAGAGUCAGCUUGCAGAGCACAAGGCACAAUAUGAAGAACUGGAAGACGAAUUACAAUUGACUGAGGAUGCUAAGUUGCGACUGGAAGUAAAUAUGCAGGCUCUGCGAGCACAGUUUGAGCGGGACCUGCAGGCACGGGAGGAACAGGCAGAAGAGAAACGUCGUGCACUAGUGAAACAGUUACGUGACCUGGAAGCGGAACUGGAAGAUGAGCGUAAGCAACGUGCUGCCACCACCCAGCAGCGCAAGAAGCUGGAGGCAGACAUGAAAGACCUAGAGCAACAGUUGGAAAUGCAUGACAAAGUAAAAGAAGAUGCUCUGAAACAACUAAGGAAGUUGCAGGCACAAGCUAAGGACUCUGCACGUGAUGCAGAAGAGGCGAGAGCUGCUCGUGACGAGCUGGCAGCUGCAGCCAAAGAGGCAGAACGGCGGCUGAAGAGCCUGGAAGCAGAACUUGCACAGGUGAGUGAAGAACUCUCAGCAGCAGAACGAGCAAGAAGAGCUGCAGAAGCAGAGAGAGAUGAGCUGCAAGAAGAAAUGGGUAGUUCAGCCAGCAAGGGAUCGCUUCUGCUGGAUGAUAAGCGACGUCUCGAGGCUCGUAUUGCCACUUUAGAAGAAGAACUGGAGGAGGAGCAAGGAAACUCUGAAAUACUAAUGGAUCGUGCACGCAAGGCUCAGCUCAGUAUUGAACAGCUAACAACAGACUUAGCUGCCGAACGCUCAACAACGCAGAAACUGGAAACUCAGCGCAUGUUGCUGGAACGGCAGAACAAGGAACUGAAGGCAAAACUUGUAGAACUUGAAACAGCACAGCGCACUAAGACGAAAGCUACAAUUGCCUCAUUGGAAGCGAAGAUAGCAAAUUUGGAAGAGCAGAUGGACACGGAGGUUAAGGAAAGACUAGCACAGCAGAAGCUGAACCGUAAGCAAGACAAGAAGAUAAAGGAGCUCACUCUGCAGCUGGAAGAUGAGCGUCGCCAGACUGACCAGUACAAAGAACAACUGGAUAAGAGCAAUGUAAGGGUAAAGGCUCUUAAACGACAACUUGAUGAAGCUGAAGAGGAAAUAAGCCGGGAGAAGGCUCAGAAACGUAAAGCUCAACGAGAAAUGGAAGAUAUGAUGGAAAGCCAGGAAACAAUGACAAGGGAGAUUAACAACCUCAAGAACAAGCUUAGACGUGGUGGUGGUGGACUGGCACUAAGCAGCUCAAGAUUAGCUGGUGGAACUAAGCGAGGAUCCAUCCAGACAGGUACUGGUGAUGACAGUUCUGCACAGGAUGACACCGUUGAUGGGGAAGAAGCCCCCAACUAAACAAACAAAAACAUGACUCCCAAUACUGUGGCCUCGGUCUCAUCUUAACGUGCCUAAUAGUCUAAAUGGGAAGCAGCUUUCUGUAGUAAGCCUACCCUGAUGACGUCAAUAGACUGCCAUUUGUUAUUUUUUAAAGCUACUUUUGUAAAAGUGUUACUCUCAGCAUUCUGAGGGACUUCUGUCAUUCCACUCUUUUUUUGCUUAAGUAAGUCUAGCAGUAUUGAAUACAGUUGGUAUUUUUUAUAAUCUACCACUAACACUGGACUAUUGGUACAAAAAGAUUUCCUUCAGAAGUGUGAAUUUAUUAAUCAUUGUAAGCGUGAUGUUGUGGAAAUAGUGAUGAGUCACUGUUUGUUGCGUCUGAGAAGGUGCAAAAGUUUAAAGCGGAGAAGUUUAAUAUGCUGGAGGAGAGAGAGGACGCAGAAAUAAAGAUUCUGCUUAGUGUUACUGGAAAACAGCGAAAUGUUUUUGUACAGUCUUGCAGAGAAAUUCAUAUUCAGUUUCUGCAUAAACAUUGAGAAAAAUGGUGACAGGUAUAAUUUUCAAAUGUUGAAAUAAAACAUUCAGAGAAGGGUGAAAUACUUCAAAUAAUUUAUGUGACAGUAAAACACUAUUACGUACUUAGUUCUAAACCUGUAUUUAAAUUCUUUUUAAGUUCUUGUAUUUUUAAAUGCAGGAAUGAAUGUUUGUGAAUGAAUGUACAUACGUAACAAAGAAUGUUUAUUCAUAAUAAUUGGAAACCGAAAUUUAUUAAUAAACAUAACUGAAAAACAA